UGGUGCCAGGGCUAUAGUCCCCAAACCACCACUUUGAUCCAGCGCUGAUGUUGGUAUAUCAAUUUGGAUUUUUAUUAAAACUUUUUAUUAAAAGUUUAAUCAGUGUACUCAUAGAUGAUAGACUUAGCUGAAAGUAUUCCUAAUUCUGCACCAACACCUUCAUGUAAACCGAAGCUGUUUGAAUUAAAUAACAAGCUAAUACUAACUCCUGAAAAAAAUAUUCAUGUUAUCAAGGAGACUUUAAAAAACCAACCUGUCAUUAAAAGUAAUGUUGUUUGCAAAGAAAAUCCUUCUAAUGAUUUUAAUAAGCCUUGUCUACUUACUUCGCCAGCAUUAAAUUCUACAAAUUUACUUAUUCAACAACUUGAGGUAGCCCAAAAUGCAAUAUUUGAUAGUCAGGAAGCAUUAGAAAAGAUAAAUAACACAAAUAUGUUACCUCAAAGAAGUUUGAAUCAUUUAGAUUAUGAUCUAUCUGACAGAAGGUAUGGUCCACUACCAGCUAUUAGUUCAGAAGUAAAAACAAUGUUUCCGAGAACUCAGCCUAAGUUUAAAAAACUAAAAAAUCCACCUCUUGUUGAAGAUUUGAAGUUUUUAGCAGAACACGACACAGAAUAUGGAAAAAAUGACUACAAAGUUGAGUUUGGGUGCAUUGCAGGUGAUACCAUAGCAGGUGAUACCAGAGCGGGUGAUACCAUAGCGGGUGAUACCUUUGAUUAUUUAUUUGACUUAUAUAGGAAUGCAACAUGUCUUUAAAUUUUCAAUAUCUAUUUUGAAGAAAAAGUUUUUUGUUUAAACAAAAA